AUGGACACCAUCGAAGCUCUGAUUCAAUGUCCACGGCAACAAAAAUGCAAAGUUCUUCACUUGGUGAGGCAUGGACAGGCUUGGCACAAUGUAGAAGGAGAAAAUAAUCGUAAAGCAUUGUUGUCUCCUCAUCUGUUUGAUGCACAGCUCACGUCGUUAGGUUUUAAACAGGUUGCUGAACUGAGAAAGGAUGUUCAUACCAGUGGCCUACUUCAUAAGAUUGAGUUAGUCAUCACUUCCCCUUCGUCAAGAGCCAUGCAAACAGCUGUCGGAGGUUUUGGUCUGGAUGGACAUAAAAACAGUGGAGAUAUCGUCUCCAAAACUCUCAAUACCCUUAAAAUCAUGGCAGUUGAACUCUGUCGAGAUCGUCUAGGGGUUCGCCCAUGUGAUAAGAGGAGAAAGGUGAGCGAUUGCCAGUCACGUUUCCCUUCAAUCGAUUUUUCAAUGAUAGAUGAUGAAGAUGACAAUCUUUGGAAUCCCAACCUUCGAGAGUCGACGGAAGAACUUGCAGAGAGAGUAGCCAAAUUACUAAAAUGGCUAUGGACAAGGCCGGAGAAGGAGAUAGUGAUUGUAAGCCAUGGAAUAGUUCUUCAGCAGAUACUGAUAAAUUUACUUGGAAACGACGGCCAUCCAACAGUAAGGGCUGCAUCGUGCCGGCGCUUCGGCCAUUGUGAGCUUCGUUCAGUGGUCAUAUUGGAUAAAAGGUCAGGUUUUGCUCAUGGUGGUUCAUCCCCCUCCCCGUCGCUCGGUUGCGGUCAACAAGAAGACGAUGUGUCGAAGGUAUCGGGAAAUUGCCUGGAGUUGAUAAUAAUCUAAAGUCGUCGCUAUUUCUGCUGGCUGUUACGUAGGACAAGAGGGUGGUAUCUACGAUUCAUUUAUCUUUAAUGUCUGUUUCACUCUUUUUGCAUUGGAACUUUCUACUU